UCUUUACAACUCGGUGUAGCAAAGUAUUCGCGUUUUAAGUGGAAGAACUAAAGACUCAGAGAGUAGAAGUAACUUCUGCUAGAUUACACAGCAGAACUAAAUUCUACGUAGUCUUAUUAUAUUUUUAUGAAAGGGAUAUAAUUAUAUCUUAAAAUAUUUUAAAGGUUAAACAACGUGAUGCAUGUAAAACUUGUAAAUGACACUAAAAUUCUUCCAUGCCCUUCUUAACCCUGUAAGUCUGUCCAUCCACUCCAGCAAGGAGCAGUUCUGAUUUCUGGCGGGAUGCCCAGCACCUUGACACGAAAGAAAAACCGACUAUCCUAAGCAAAAAGCCUGAAGCCAAAACAGAUCCUUUCAAGCAACAGGUCCAGGGGCUCUAUCUCCUUCGGCUUCUGACUUCUGGAUUUUGACUGUCCGCUGAUUGCGUCUCCAGCUGCAACUUCCGGGACCACUUCUCCGCCAUCUUUUGCUUCUGGGAGCAGAGAACGCACGUUUGUGGUCAUCUUGUUGCAGACCAACGAUGACUUCCCUGAUUCGUCAGAAUUAUUCCACGGAGGUGGAGGCUGCCGUCAACCGCCUUGUCAGUUUGCACCUGCGGGCCUCCCAUACCUACCUCUCUCUGGGCUCCUACUUCCACCGCGACGGUGUGGCUCUGGAGAGCUUGGGCCACUUCUUCCGCAUGUUGGCUGAGGGGAAACGCCAGGGCGCCAAGCGUCUCCUCAAGAUGCAAAAUCAGCGCGGCGGUCACGCCCUCUUCCCAGAAGUGGAGAAACCAUCGCAUGAUGACUGGGGUGAUCCCUUAAACGCCAUGGAAGCUGCCCUGGCCCUAGAGAAGAACCUGCACGAGGCCCUGUUGGAUCUGCAAGCCUUGGGUUCUGCCCACACAGACCAUCAUCUCCGUUACUUCCUGGAGAACCACUUCCUGGAUGAGGAGGUGAAACUCCUGGAGAAGAUGGGCAAUCACCUGACAGACCUCCGCAGGUUGGUAGGCCCCCAGGCAGGGCUGGACGAGUAUCUCUUUGAAAGGCUCACAAAGUGGGAUUAGGAGCCUCCAGAGCCCAGCGGUCUCUGGGGGCUCUCUGGAUCUUGCUAAUCAGAGCCUCUCUCCAGCCACUAGGCAGCUUGUCGACAACCUUGGAGUCCUCUCCCAAGCCAUGGACCAAAUGGAAAUAAAGCUUUUGACUGAAAAGAAAAAGAAAAUAAGAGUGGAAAUAAAACUAAGUGACUAAUACGGGUUAUCUAAUGGUAAACUGAAGAUGGUAUCUUGACACUAAAUCUCUCAUGCUCCCUACUAAUAGGCAACUAAAGUAUAUACAUUGAACUCCAAUGGAACAAUGCUUUAAAGUGAAAGAAAAUUAAACUCUUAGAAAUAUAAUGCCACGGUAUGUAUCACUUAAGGAGGAAUGGGUGAGAAUCAGUUUGUUGUACUAAAGAGACUUUCAUGUUCCUAAAUAACAGCUAUUUCUUCUUUGUGUACAAAAGUGGACUUUUGGAUUAAAAAGAGGGGAAAAUAAGAGUAUAAUUAUGUGUUUUCUUAUUUUUUGCAAAGGAAUAAUACAACUAUUGGAUGUGGUUAUAGUGGGACUAGGUGGAAUGGC